AUGCAGCAGGAACGCUUGUUCAAGGUCCUGGUCAUCGGGGACUUGGGUGUUGGCAAGACGUCCAUAAUCAAGCGUUAUGUCCACAAGAUAUUCUCUCAACAUUACCGAGCCACCAUAGGGGUAGACUUCGCUCUCAAAGUCCUCAAUUGGGAUCACAAGACCGUGGUGCGUCUGCAGCUGUGGGACAUAGCCGGUUAGUAGCCUAAACGAAUUACCUACCCUACAUUUUUAUCAUUUAGCAGACGCUCUUAUCCAGAGCGACUUACAGUUAGUGAGUGCAUACAUUAUUUUAAAAAAUUCAUACUGGCCCCCCGUGGGAAUCGCCAUACUCUACCAACUGAGCUUUUUAUUUGACACACAAGUCUACAAUAUGGCUACAAUAUGUCACGCACUUAGGCGAUGCUCCAUGGCAAAUGGUAUCUGCAACUUGGUUGGUAACCUAAUUAUGUAUAACUAGAAUAUCCUACCUUUAGUUUUAUAACGUUUCUAUUUUUAUUUGACACAUAGGAGUCUUCACAAUAGUUUAAGCUCUUAAUCAGUAGCAAAUGGUGCCCCAAAACGCUGGCAUGCACGCACACAUGCAGGCACUCUGGACAAAGGCGCGCGCACGCACUUAUCUAUUCUUGAGUCUUUGUAAUUGACUGUGUGUGUGUGUGUGUGUGUAUGUGUACACGUUUUACAAUACUUGUGAGUACCAGAAGUCCACACAAGAAUAGUAAACCAACUAAAAUUCAGAGAAGUGAGGAUAUUUUGCCAGUCCUCACUUGUAAAAAGGCUAUUUUAGGUUUAGGGUUAGAAUUGGGGUUAGGCUUAUGGUUGGAGGUUAUGGUUAAGGGUUAGGUUUAGGGGUUAGGGAAAAUAAGAUUUUGAAUGGGAAUCAAUUAUUGGCCCACAGAAAGUCUUCACAAGUAUAGUAAAACAUUGCUCUGUGUGUGUGUGUGUACUUUAGCCCAUCUGUCAAUAGAGCAGACUGGUGCUGUAUCAUUGGACCUUUCCUCCUAAUCAUCUCCACCAUAGAUAAUGACAUCACACCAUGUCUACAGGCUGUCAGUGUGUGUGUGAUCAGUCAUGCUCGUAAGAGAGUAGGUGUGCUGAUCUAGUUCCUGUCCAUAUAAUCCUAUUCAUUAUGAUCUUAAAGGGAAAGUGUAUGAUCAAUCAUUCUCACAACCAGGGCCUGUCUGUAUUGAAAAAAAUAAUAAUGCUGAUUUAGGGUCAGUGUUGCCUUUUAGAUAAUGAAUUAGAGUAUAUGGACAGGUGGAAUCUGAUCCUAGAUGCUUUAUACAUACAGCCCCAGGUCCUCUGCCCCGUCCAUAUGAUCCUACUUAUUAUAAUCUAUAGACCAGCGUUUCCCAGACUCGGUCCUCGGGACCCCAAGGGGUGCACGUUUUGUUUUUUUGCCCUAACACUACACUGCUGAUUCAAAUGAUCAAAGCUUAUUUCAAUCAGCUGUGUAGUGCUAGGGCAAAAACCAAAAGGUCAGGCCUCCCGAGUGGCGCAGCGGUCUAAGGCACUGCAUUGCAGCGGUCUAAGGCACUGCAUUGAGGCGUCACUACAGACCCGGGUUCGAUCCCAGGCCGUGACCGGGAGACCCAUGAGGCGGCGCACAAUUGGCCCAGCGUCGUCCGGGUUAGGGUAGGGUUUGGCUGGCCCGGAUUUCCUUGUCCCAUCGCGCUCUAGCGACUCCUUAUGCCGGGCGCCUGCAAGCCGACUUCGGUUGCCAGCUGGACGGUGUUUCCUCUGACACUUUGGUGCGGCUGGCUUCCGGGUUAAGCGAGCAGUGCGGCUUGGCAGGGUCGUGUUUCGGAGGACGCGUGGCUCUCGACCUUCACCUCUGUAGAGGAGUUGCAGCGAUGGGAAAAGACUGUAACUACCAAUUGGAUACCGCGGUAAAAGUACAAAGAAUAUCAUUUUAAAAACUCAACAGCGUGCCCUCCUUGGGGUCCCGAGGACCGAGUUUGGGAAACCCUGCUAUAUAAGGAUAUAAAACUGAUCCUACCUUCAGACUCAUUGUCAAUACGAGACAUAAACAGUUUGUCCUCAGGGCUAUGUGUUUAAAGCUCAGUGGGAACUCAUUUCUCGAGUAGAAGCAUAUGUGGAGUUAAUGAAUGAAGAUAGACGUUGUGUGAUGGCACAAUGCAUGCAGGCAGUGGAUAGACAGAGAUAGAUAUUGUAGGAAAACCUAGCAGAGAAGCCCUGCUAAUGUUAUUGGUAUUCAAGUAUAUUAGCAGCAACCGCUACACCACAUGACCAAAAGUAUGUGGACACCUGGUCGUCGAACAUCUCAUUUCAAAAUCAUGGGCAUUAAUAUGGAGUUGGUCCCCCCUUUGCUGCUAUAAUAGCCUCUACUCUUCUGGGAAGGCUUUCCACUAGAUGUUGGAACAUUGCUGCGGGGACUUGCUUCCUUUUAGCCACAAGAGCUUCAGUGAGGUCGGGCACUGAUGUUUGGCGAUUAGGCCUGGCUCAAUUCAUCCCAAAGGUGUUCAAUGGGGUUGAGGUCAGGGCUCUGUGCAGGCCAGUCAAGUUCUUACACAUCGAUCUGGACAAACCAUUUCUGUAUGGACCUCGCUUUGUGCAUGGGGGCAGUGUCAUGCUAAAACAGGAAAGGGCCUUCCCCAAACUGUUGCCACAAAGUUGGAAGCACAGAAUCGUCUAAAAUGUCAUUGUAUGCUGUAGCGUUAAGAUAUCCCUUCAAUGGAACUAAGGGGCCUAGACAGAACCAUGAAAAACAGCCCCAGACCAUUAUUCCUCCUCCACCAAACUUUACAGUUGGCACUAUGCAUUGGGGCAGGUAGCGUUCUCCUGGCAUCCGCCGAACGUACAGUUGAAGUCGGAAGUUUACAUACACCUUAGCCAAAUACAUUUAAACUCAGUUUUUCACAAUUCCUGACAUUUAAUCCUAGUAAAAAUUCCCUUCAGUUAGGAUCACCACUUUAUUUUAAGAAUGUGAAAUGUCAGAAUAAUAGUAGAGAGAAUUAUUUAUUUCAGCUUUUAUUUAUUUCAUCACAUUCCCAGUGGGUCAGAAGUACACUCAAUUAGUAUUUGGAAGCAUUGCCUUUAAAUUGUUUAACUUGGGUCAAACAUUUCGGGUAGCCUUCCACAAGCUUCCCACAAUAAGUUGGGUGAAUUUUGGUCCAUUCCUCCUGACAGAGCUGGUGUAACUGAGUCAGGUUUGUAGACCUCCUUUCUCGCACACACCUUUUCGGUUCUGUCCACAAAUAUUCUAUAGGAUUGAGGUCAGGGCUUUGUGAUGGCCACUCCAAUACCUUGACUUUGUUGUCCUUUGCCACAACUUUGGAAGUAUGCUUGGGGUCAUUGUCCAUUUGGAAGACCCAUUUGCGACCAAGCUUUAACUUCCUGACUGAUCUGUCUUGAGAUGUUGCUUCAAUAUAUCCACAUAAUUGUCCUUCCUCAUGAUGCCAUCUAUUUUGUGAAGUGCACCAGUCCCUCCUGCAGCAAAGCACCCCCACAGUAUGAUGCUGCCACCCCCGUGAUUCACGGUUGGGAUGGCGUUCUUCGGCUUGUAAGCUACCCCCUUUUUCCUCCAAACAUAAUGAUGGUCAUUAUGGCCAAACAGUUAUAUUUUUGUUUAAUCAGACCAGAGGACAUUUCUCCAAAAAGUACGAUCUUUGUCCCCAUGUGCAGUUGCAAACCGUAGUCUGGCUAUUUUAUGGCGGUUUUGGAGCAGUGGCUUCUUCCUUGCUGAGCGGCCUUUCAGGUCAUGUUGAAUAUAGGAGUCGUUUUACUGUGGAUGUAGAUACUUUUGUACCUGUUUCCUCCAUCAUCUUCACAAGGUCCUUUGCUGCUGUUCUGGGAUUGAUUUGCACUUCUCGCACCAAAGUACGUUGAUCUCUAGGAGACAGGAUGAGUCACCUUCCUGAGCGGGAUGACGGCUGCGUGGUCCCAUGGUGUUUAUACUUGCGUACUAUUGUUUGUACAGAUGAACGUGGUACCUUCAGGCGUUUAGAAAUUGCUCCCAAGGAUGAACCAAACUUGUGGAGGUCUACAAUUGUUUUUCUGAGGUCUUGGCUGAUUUCUUUUGAUUUUCCCAUGAUGUCAAGCAAAGAGGCAAUGAGUUUGAAGGUAGGCCUUGAAAUACAUCCACAAGUACACAUCUAAUUGACUCAGAUGAUGUCAAUUAGCCUAUCAGAAGCUUCUAAAGCCAUGACAUCAUUUUCUGGAAUUGUCCAAGCUGUUUAAAGGCACAGUCAACUUAGUGUAUGUAAACUUCUGACCCACUGGAAUUGUGAUACAGUGAAUUAUAAGUGAAAUAAUCUGUCUGUAAACAAUUGUAGGAAAAAUUACUUGUGUCAUGCACAAAGUAGAUGUCCUAACCGACUUGUCAAAACUAUAAUUUGUUAACAAGAAAUUAGUGGAGUGGUUGAAAAACGAGUUUUAAUGACUCCAACCUAAAUGUAUGUAAACUUCCGGCUUCAACUGUAGAUACGUCCGUCAGUCUGCCAUAUGGUGAAGCAUGAUUCAUCUCUCCAGAGAACGCAUUUCCACUGCUCCAGUCCAAUGGCGGCGAGCUUUACGCCACUCCAGCUGACGCUUGGCAUUGCACAUGGUGAUCUUAGGCUUGUGUGCGGCUGCUUGGCCAUGGAAACCCAUUUCAUGAAGCUUCCGACAAACAGUUAUUGUGCUGACGUUGCUUCCAGAGGCAGUUUGGGACUCUGUAGUGAGUGUUGCAACCGAGGACAGAUUAUUUUUACGCACUACGUGCUUCAGAACUCGCCGGUCCCGUUCUGUGACCUUGUGUGGCCUACCACUUCGCUGCUGUGCCAUUGUUGCUCCUAGACGUUUCCACUUCACAAUAACAGCACUUACAGUUGACCGGGGCAGCUCUAGCAGGGCAGAAAUUUUAUGAACUGACUUGUUGGAAAGGUGGCAUCCUAUGACGGUGCCACUUGAAAGUCACUGAGCUCUUCAGUAAGGCCAUUCUACUGCCAAUGUUUGUCUAUGGAGAAUGCAUGGCGUGAUUUUAUACACCUGUCAGCAACUGG